UAUUCGCUUAGUGGUGCUACUACUUCUAUAACAGAAGCCACUCAUCAUUCAUCAUUAUCAACUAGUACGCCGUUGUUUUAACAGUUUUGUUUUGCGCUAAUGUCUUAACGCUAAAUGUUCUCUGUGUUGGGAUGGAAAUACGGUACCAAGGAUGACAGUCCUGAACCUCUCCUUUGCGGCAUGCGGUUUCUUGGGGAUCUACCAUUUGGGCACCAUGGGUGCGUUCCUCCGCCACGGAGACAAACUGCUGGGAUCCCUAAGGGCCUGUGCGGGGGCUUCGGCCGGGGCCCUUGUGGCUGCUGUAAUGAUCACAGCUCCUGACAAGUUAGAGCACUGUAAAGAGUUCACUUACGGUUUUGCGGAAAGUGUGAGGCAACAGCGGUUUGGAGCCAUCACACCAGGAUACAACUUCAUGCUCACGCUACGGGAGGGGAUAGACGAAAUCCUGCCCAGAGACGCUCACAGCCUGGCUACUGACCGCCUCCACAUCUCAAUAACGCACGCAGAAAGCCGCAAAAACCACAUCGUAUCCAGGUUUUCCUCUAGGGGGGAGCUUAUAAAGGCUCUACUAGCCAGCAGCUUUGUCCCAGUCUAUGCUGGACUCAAACCAGUGGAGUUUAGAGGACAGAAAUGGAUUGAUGGGGGAUUCACAGACAGCCUUCCAAUUCUGCCUGUGGGACGAACCAUCACGGUGUCUCCCUUUGCUGGACUGCAGGAUGUGUGUCCUGUCCAUAGUGGGCGCAUAAACACUCAACUCAGACUGGCCAACAUGAACAUAGUGUUCUCCAUGGAAAACAUCAAACGUCUAAACCAGGCCCUUUUCCCUCCAUCCGCCACCAUAAUGAACUCUUUAUGUGAAGAAGGGUUUUCGGAUGCAGUGAGGUUCCUGAAGAAAGAGGCAUGGAUGAGCUGAAACCUAGCCUGAAGCCAAGUACAAUUUACCCAAGCCUAAAUUAUGACAACUAUCUUUUGCCGUAUUUAUUUCCAGUUAGUUGUUUUUUUUUUUAAAUAAAUAAAAUGAAUACAAUAUUAA